AGCAGCUGGAUGAUCUCCCUGCCUGGGACGUGUCCUUAAAGAUUUUCUGGUACACCGUCAUCAUGAUGAUCGCCGUCGUCGGGAACAGCGUCGUCCUCUCCGUCAUCGCCAGCCACAAGAAGCUCAGGUCGCCCGCGAAUCUGCUCAUCGCCAACAUGGCGGUGUGUGACUUCUUCAUCUGCACACUCAGCGCCACCAUGCACCUCGGAGAAGAAAUCAACACUAACUGGCCGUUCGGUAGCAGCUGGUGUAAAUUUAGCACGCUGAUUUUUGGUGAGCGAGCCGACAAUUUACCUAGUUUGUUCAUUUUCUAUUGAAGCUAUUUGAUGACGUAACUUUUAAUCACGGGGGGGGGGGGGGGGGGGGGGGGGGAGGGGGGGGGUGGUUAAAACAGGAAUUUUUUUUCCGCAUUUCAGACAGAGUUAUGUUUAUUUGAUUCGGUACCGAGAUAUGUUUCUUUGAUUCGGUACCGAGUUAUGUUUCUUUGAUUCGGUACCGAGAUAUGUUUCUUUGAUUCGGUACCGAGUUAUGUUUCUUUGAUUCAGUACCGAGAUAUGUUUCUUUGAUUCGGUACCGAGAUAUGUUUCUUUGAUUCAGUACCGAGAUAUGUUUCUUUGAUUCGGUACCGAGUUAUGUUUCUUUGAUUCGGUACCGAGAUAUGUUUCUUUGAUUCGGUACCGAGUUAUGUUUCUUUGAUUCAGUACCGAGUUAUGUUUCUUUUGAUUGCGAAUGAAAAAAUAGAUAGUACAACAGUCCAUCUAAAUAUUAUUUCCAUUAACAAUGUGGUCACUAAUUAUGUUGCCACUAACAAAAUCUUGUCACUGAAAAUAAUGUCCUUUUCCCUUACAGAGACACCUUUCACUGUCUACAUGCUGUCACUGACAAUGUUGGCCUUGGAAAGAUUCC